AUUUAUCUGAGUUGGAAAAUAUGUUCUCAAAAUCUAAGAAGGCUGAUGUAGAUAAAGAAGAAACUACAGAUUACAAGGAUGAGUACACAAGGAUCUCUAAAAGCACUCUUGUGCAAGAGGCCAGGACAAUCUUCAACGAAGCAAAGAUCAAGCCAAAGAAAUGUAUUGAAGUUCUUAACAAGAUAAUUUACUUGCUGAAUCAGGGAGAGAAGUUCACUGAUAAUGAAAAGACAAACCUCUUCUUUGGGGUAACAAAGCUGUUCCUUCACGAUGACUCCACUCUCAGAAGACUUAUCUACGUGUUCAUCAAGGAGCUCAGGGCUAAUGAAGAUGAAGUCUUUAUCGCUACUAGCUGCUUGUCCAAGGAUAUGAUGGGUGAGAACGAUAUGUACAAAGCCAAUGCCCUCAGAGUUCUUACCAAGAUCGUUGAUAAAAGUAGCCUCCUCAGUAUUGAGAAACAGAUCAAGACUUCCAUGGUGGACAGAAGCACUCAUGUCAAAAGUUCAUCCCUCGUCUGUUCAAUUCAUUUGCUUUCGAAGUAUCCGGAGAUGAUCAAGAAGAUGGUGGGAGAUAUACAGAACAAUCUCUUGUCUGGAAACAAGGAGCUACAAUACCACGCCUUGCUCUUACUUCAUGAAAUCAGGAAGGUUGAUCCCAUGGCUAUCCUGAAGAUCCUAAGCCAACUGACUAGCUCUCAGUCAGCCUUGCCUUCAAAGUUGGCUAAAGUUCAACUGAUUAGGUAUAUCAAGGAAAUCCUACUUCAUGCAAACCUAGAUGCUAGAACUAAAGGCGGAUUUAUCGAGUACCUUAAUGAGUGCCUCUCACGCAACCCAGAAAUGGUAUCUUUCGAAGCAGCCAAAAGUCUUGUCGAGCUCAGUGAGAAAAUGAACAUUGAUAUUGAUCAAGCCUUCAAAUCCAUCCUUGACUCUCUAUGCAGUGGGGAGAAUGUCUUAAAAUACGCUGCCUUAAAAGUAAUGAACAGGCUUGCAAACACUAAUCCAAAGGAAGUCUCACUAGCAAGUACUGAGCUAGAGCCUCUGAUCAACGACCAGAACACCAGCAUCGCCUCAAUGGCAAUCUCUACCCUGCUAAAGGUCUGCACUGAAGUAUACGUGCAAAAACUUCUUGCUCAAAUUUCUCACUAUUUGCCAGAACUAGGAGAUGAUUUCAAAAUUGAGGUGAUCCACAGUGUCUAUCUUCUGUUCCUCAGAGUUCCAAAGAAAUCCACAGAACAAAUCAACUUCCUUCUCAAGUGCCUCACCGGAGAAGGUACAGAGACCUAUAAAGAGAGUAUUGUAGAGACCCUCAUGAAGAUUGGAAUUGAAGGAACCACAGCUGAUAAGGAGCAAGUGCUACUCACUCUUUGUGAAUUCAUUGAAGACUGUGAAUUCAGACAUCUCCAGACUCAUAUUUUUGAUUUUAUUGCGAAGGAAUGUCCAAAUACCUCAAAUCCUUCAGUCUAUAUCAGGUUCAUUUACAACAGAGUUGUGCUAGAGAAAUCAAUAAUCAGAGCAGCAGCUGUGUCAGCACUUGGAACUAUAGGCCAUAAAAUAGAAUCACUCAGAAGCCAAAUCGUAAUUCUUCUCAAGAAUUGCCUCAAAGACGAAAAUGAUGAAGUCAGAGAAAGAGCAUUGUUUUACACAGACUUACUUGAUUACCCCGAAGAAAAUGAGGAAUGCCAUGAAGCUUCCAGCUUCGUCUUUGAUUCACUCACCUUUGACGUAGAUAAAAUGGAGCAGUUUCUCCUAGAAAAUAAGGACUCUCUCAUUGCUGAUGAAGAUAAUGAGGAGAUUUUCAAUUUUUCAACCUUCUGUACUGAAGAACAAGAUAGUGUGAUGACCAGAAACGUACAGAAAGAAGCAGAAGAGAAGAAAGACACCUACUCCACACCUGAACAGCACACCAAGCAAGAAGAAGCUAUUGAGGAUGAUUCCUACGGGAUUGACUUUAGUUCUCCUCCAGGGUUCGAACUUGAGCAAUCAAUCUGCACAAGACUUGGAAUUGAAGCUCCUGAGUUCUCUACAACUACAAAAGACAUAACAAGUCCUUCUGAUGAAUACUAUGUUCAGUUGACCGGCCAUUUCCAUUGUAAAAAGUUGAUCUUGCAGUUUAACGUUCAAAACAACAUCGAAGAGCACAAGUUGAAGGACAUUACAGUUCAUUUGGAAAAUCCAAAGGCAGGAUAUACCACAGUUGACCAGAUCAGCUCUGAAGAGAGUCAGUACCCCACAAUCGUUCUGAUUUCUGAAGACCCUAGCAGGGUGUUCAUCACAGAAACAUUUAAAUUCAAGCUUAAAUUCACUGUGAUAGAAGUCGAUGAGGAUGGCAAUGAGGAAGGAGACUACGAAGACGAGUAUAGUCUUGAUAAAGUCUCCAUUGCAGUCAGUGACUACAUUGGCAAGCAGGCACUUGCUAAUGGCCAAUUCAUGAAUGCAUGGGAAAUGAUCAAACAAAACGAAGCCUGUGCUGAAAGACUAGAGACCUUCCAGAUCAGCUUCAAGACCCUUAAAGAAGCAGUGGCUGGAGUCAUUGACUUCUUUGGAAUGAGUGUCUGCGAAGGAUCUGAUAAAGUCGAUGAAACCUCUAAAUCUCACAACCUCUUCUUAGCUGGUACAUUCUUUGGAAUGUAUCCUGUCUUAGUCAGAGGACAAAUUGGGUUCAACUCACAAUAUGGAUGUGUCCUCAGAGUAGGAGUCAGAUCAAUGAAUGACAAUGCUAUUCAGACAGUCCUUGAGUGCAUUCAAUAAGCUCAAAUAUAUUCAAUUGCUACAAAA